AUGCCAGUCACUCCAUACGCUGGGCCAUCAGGCUAUACCCCGUUUUACUUAUCCAUUUAUGGCACAUAUGUUCUACGCUUCUCUAUGCCCGUUUACUGGGGCUGUUCUACAAAUAAUGACCUCCGCCCGCUUUUCUCCGGUAACUUCUCCAAGAGACAUGUCGACAUCGGCGUUGGAACUGGGUACUUUAUAGCAGAGGCUAUGCCGAGUAUUCCCUCACCGCAGCAAGAAAACGCGUCUUAUCCCGUUAUCCAGACGUUGACCUCCGCUGUACCUCAUUGGCGAAACCACCUCAGCACGGAUGACCUUCCCGGGCUGUUGGAUCAUAAAUUGCGAAAUGAUGUUGUCUUUCCAUUUGCUGCAUAUAUUGCCAUUGCUGGUGAGGCGAUUAGGCAAGUCACGCAUUCGCCUCGAGACUCUGGCUACCGUCUACGCCACGCUGUGGCUCAUAAAGCUUUGUUGCUUGCUGAUACAGUGGAGAUCUCGACGAGCCUACGCAAUCACAAUCUCAACGACAUGGACAGGUCGUCGUGUACGUAUCAUCAAGACAGCCACAACAAGCGGGUGGACUCCGGAGAUACUCCCCGCAAUGCUGACUGCUCGCGGAUAUACAAUCAGCUAUCUCAUGUAUGCUUCAUCUAUGGUUCCCACUCCUGGGGUGUGAAGAGCGCCACAUCAUCAACUACGAGUGAGCUUGUCCACGCCGAGAUCACCAUCAUCGAGUCACAGAGUCGCUCCCAUUUCACUCUACAUCCAGCUACCAUAGAUGCCGAAUCUCGGCUACUCAUACUGUCGAAGGCUCGAGGCCUGGCACGAAAUGUACCUGAGCUUGCUCUACCUACAGUCAUUGAAGAGAUAGAAAUCAGUGUAGGGGCAGAUAUCCUGGACGCCAGAGCAUGGAGACGAUUUAGAGUUGUGCCAUGCGCGGAGGUUUAUGCACGCGGCAACAUCGCAUUCCGCGCUACGGGUAUUCGGUUCAGGCCCCUCGAUCACGACAAUGCCUCUUCUGAUCUUCUCGAUGCUCAUGCCAUAGCACGACUCCAUUGGCUUCCUCACUUUGGGUUUGUCGAUACCUCAACACUCAUCGGUUCGCCGGUUGUCGAUAGAGAAGAACUGAUGUUUACGAGAAAGAUUGACCCUAUGUUGCAUUAUCGAAGUAUCAGAGAAUUAAACACCUCGAGCCCUGUCGGCCUCGCUUUAUCAAGUAUCGAAACUGGCUUAGCCAACAGGUAUCAAAACGGAGGUAAUAAAAAAGACGACCCAGAUGUCUCUGGGGAAAUAGCGAGGUAG